GUUUUGGGUUGGACCGAGCAAGCAGGGAGCAAGAGCUGAGAGCGGGGAUCCGGCCCGCACCGGCCGAACCGGCUUGAUACUGAUGGACAUUGUAUGGGCCAGAGGCAGGGAUGGUUGGCUAUGACCCCAAAGCAGAUGGCAGGAAUAACUCCAAGUUCCAGGUGGCAGCAGCUGGGUCUAUGUCUGGACUUGUCACACGGGCACUUAUCAGUCCCUUGGACAUCAUCAAAAUCCGUUUCCAGCUUCAGAUUGAGCGCCUGUCUCGCAGUGACCCCAGUGCAAAAUACCAUGGGAUCCUACAGGCCACAAGGCAGAUUUUGCAAGAGGAGGGCCCAACGGCAUUCUGGAAAGGACACAUCCCAGCCCAGAUUCUCUCCGUAGGCUAUGGAGCUGUCCAAUUUUUGUCAUUUGAAGUGCUGACGGAGCUGGUCCACAGAGCCAACAUGUACAACAGCCACGAGUUCUCAGUGCACUUUGUAUGUGGUGGUCUGGCUGCCUGCACGGCCACCCUCACCGUGCACCCUGUGGAUGUUCUGCGCACCCGCUUUGCAGCUCAGGGUGAGCCCAGGGUGUAUAAAACCCUGCGAGACGCCGUGGUGACCAUGUUCAGGACCGAAGGCCCCCUGGUCUUCUACAAAGGCUUGAGCCCCACCUUGAUCGCCAUCUUCCCCUACGCCGGCCUCCAGUUCUCCUGUUACAGCUCCCUGAAGCGCUCCUACGAGUGGCUCAUGCCAGCUGAAGGAAAGAAAAACGAGAACCUCAAAAACCUGCUUUGUGGCAGUGGAGCUGGAGUCAUCAGCAAGACCGUUACGUAUCCCCUGGAUCUCUUCAAGAAACGCCUGCAGGUUGGAGGGUUCGAACACGCCCGAGCUGCCUUUGGCCAGGUACGGAGCUACAGGGGCCUCCUGGAUUGUGCCAAGCAGGUGCUGCAAGAGGAAGGUGUCCUGGGCUGCUUCAAGGGCCUGUCCCCCAGCCUGCUGAAGGCUGCCAUCUCCACGGGCUUUAUGUUCUUCUGGUAUGAACUCUUCUGUAACAUAUUCCUCUGCAUGAAGAAGGCAGACCGCCAGCACUGAGGGCAGGAAGGCCGGAGGUCUUCCCUGGAGGCCACCUGCCAAGAGAAGGAAGACUCGGUCUCUGCUGAGGGGGCCGCUUGGCCCAUUCCUGCAGGCCACCCAUCCUGAGCACAAAGAGCCGUUAAGGGCAGGGUGGCAGCCUCGAGCCCACCCAGCUAGAACACCACCAGAAGGGCAAGGGCUUUCCCCCGGAGCAGGCAGAGAGGAGGCAGGGCCUUGGCCGUGGGGCGCCAAGACCGCAGUGAAGAGAAGUGUGAAGUUGCUGUUUCUCCUCCAUCCAGCCCAAACCCAAAGGCCACAGAUGCCAUCCUACGCUUCUCAGCCCGUCUGCCGGGAGCACUCUCCUGGUUCCGGCUGGGCCGCAGCUUGAGUGCAGAGGGCUGGCUUUGCGACAGUCUGGUCCCCACACCCAGCCUGUGUUUCCCACCAACCUAUUUAACAGACAGUAAAGCUAAACCCACAUUCCUCAUCUUACGCCUCUCUCUUCCCUGACAAAUCACAUCCCUGCCUUCCUCAAAUUCCAUUUUUCUCCAUAGCUUCAUCCCUCGGCAGCUCUGCUGCUAGUGCUGGAGGAGACUCCAGGCUGAGCCGGUCACUUCCUGACCCAGUGCCCAGAGCUCCGUGUCUGCAAACACAGCACCACCGGGCUGUUCUCUCCCAGGACUGGGCUGCUCACAGCCAUAGGCACAGUCAGCCCUGCUGGGGUGAGGACCUUCCUACUGGGCAUUGGCAUCACUGCCCUGAGUCUUCCUCAGCACAGAGCAGGGUGCCACUCAUCCUCCGCAUGACCCCAGAAGGGAUGUGGCUCUGAUACAGCCCAGUGACGGGAUGGCAAAAGGAAGGGGCUGGGCAUACAGCCUAUUGAGGGCACAACUGGGACCCCCCCAGGUGUCUGCCUAGAUACAGAGGAGAAGUCAACAGAACACAACGACCACGUCUCCACCCACCUGCCCGCCUGUGGGGACGCGCUGACAGCGGGAGCCGGGAGGGGGCAGCAGGACUUUGCCCUGCCCUUGCUUCUGGCUCUCACACCAGCCUUGGCCCUGGCAUGGAGGAAGGCACCUGCUGGGGCAGGCCCUGGUGGCUGGGUCCUGGGCUUCUUCUCCCACCCUUGUUCCCUGACUCUGGCUUGGGACUUUGUGGUCUUUCUGGACCCCGAAUGCCCAGGCUUCUGGGCUCUUGGCUGCCAACUCUGAAGGUCCGGGCUGCAGCUGGGGCUUCUGGCAUUCAAGGCUUGGGCCUGGGGCUGUGGGGAGGCAGCUGCCUGAAUGUAUUUUUUUAUGAAAUUCCAUUGAAGUAAAGUUUAUUCUCUUCCUCUCUCCUCACUGGUUA